AGGAGGCCCAUGCAUGGCAGGAGCGGGUGAGCCCAACACCAAGAAGGUGUCGGCAUGGAUGAGCCGAUACAAGAAAAACAAUGCCGUGCUGGACACCCUCACUGAGCAGGUGGAGAGGCUCCGUACCCAGGUCCACAAGAUGGAGCGGGAGGUGCUGGCAGGCGAAACAGAAUACGGCAGAGAGGUAAGGGUGAGGGAGGGGAGGAAAAGACAACAAAUGCGACAAAUAAAUGGGCGAGGAGUGCCGUGCCUGCUGGAUUUCGUGUCCAGGUGAAUCUCAUCCUGCAAGACCUCAAGCGGCGCUCAGAGGAGGCACGGGUACGCUCCUUGACUUAGAGACGCUCCUUGGUCAUUCGGCCGCGCAGGCUGUUCUCUCUGCGUGUGCAUGUGUGUGUUAGGAGCAGCUGCAAAUAGAGAAGGAGAAGAACACGGCCGUGGCGCGUCAGGUGGCCGAGGGCCGCAAGGCCAAGCUCUCAUUGCAGAAGCAGUGGGAGUCGCUCGAAGUCGACUAUGCCAAGAAGCGCGGCCUGUACGAGAAGCGUGUGCAGGAGAAGGAGGCCCUGGACAAGCAGAUAGAGGCCCUCAGCCACAAGCUCGAGAACCUGGCGCUGCAGAAGGCCAAGUGCCAGGCCGAGUUGGCACAGCUGCGCGAAGACAGACAGCUGGAACAGUCAUUCCUCGGUCGGUGAACAAACACGGAUGCACCGCUUUAAGCUGCAUCAAUCACUUGUGUGGAUGAAUGGUGUCGUGUGUGUGGAUCGGAUCACCAGAUGUGCGCAACACGGAGAUUCGUCUGUUGUCGGAUACCCUGACGUCCACCCAGCACGCAUCGACCCUCCACAACGUGCGCCACCCGCUACACCUCGACCCCGCCCUCACAGACGCCUACGAGCACAACAUGCACCUCCCACCACCCGCCUCGCACCACCACCAGCAGGGCGAUGACCACAUCGAUCCCGAGCACAUCGACCUGGACGACGAGAGUGCGUGUGAUGAUGACGAUCAUGACUCGGGCAUCCCCCACGCCGUCGGUGCGCCCAGCGGGCCUCUCGACACCAUCCCAGAACUUAGCGAGGAUCCUUCCAACACGGUCACACCCGCCCGGCACACCCCGGCAGAUCGCCUGUUGCUGCCCCCUGCCGGCUCGCUCUCACUCAUGCGUCAACAGGGUGUUGGGCAAGACAUGGCGGCCGUCGGCACCCCACCGGCCCCCGUGUUGAUGAUGUGUGAGGGUGGUGUUGGCUGCUCGGGCAGCAACGAGGUCGAGGACGGCAGCAACGAGGCUGUGCAGGGUGAGUCGCCCGAGUGUGUUGAUUUGGGUUCGCCUGUGCCGCCGGAGGUGUCGGCGAUGCCCACACACAUGCCGGGCGAGAUGGCGAUUGGAGCACAGCAGGCAGGAGGCGUGGGAGGCGGCCAGGGGGCGCGGCGAGAGGUGCAGAUGCAGUGACGCAGGGUGGAUAGAAGGGAGUAGAUGGAUGGAUGGACGGACGGAUGUAAAGGAUAGAGAGAGAGAUUGAGAGAGAUUCCCGUGUGUGUGCAAAUCCAUCGCAUGUGUGUGUGUGCGUGUGUGUGUGGUGGGUGAGUGACUCACUAACGUAGCUGCUAAUGUUCAGACAGCAUUGACUGACUUGACAGCGACGCAACUGCAGGAUGUGGUUGUCUUGUUUUGACGCGUUGUUUGCCUGUGGAUUGCGCUGCUUAUAAGACUGCACACACAAUAGUCAGCCCUGAUCACCGUCAUCACGGCCAUCGAUCAGGCUCGCCGUCGUGUGUGUCGUCUCAUGAGCCGCACAAGACCAGGACCGCCGAUAUGACUACUUGUACCUGUUCGGGUGUGCAGAAAGACAGAGAGAUGAGGGGGAACGACUUGGGUGUGUAGAUAUAUAUGUGUCACAGCGCUGAGUGACUCGACUUGCUGGCGACUUGCCUUUGCUUACUGUAUCUUGUCGACUGUGCUGCUCGUGUGCCGACGCGUGCGACGGCAAAUCGGAUUGGGCACCUCAAACAACGGUGCUCGAUCAGGUUCGUUGUCGGGUGCAUCGUGCAUGAUCGGUGCAGGCCUGGCCAAGACAGCUUACUGGAAUACUUGAUGCGUGUGUAUAUUGGCACACACAGUGGAAUGUCCGCUUCGUUAAGAUGACCAGUCAGUCGGCUGAUGCAAAC